AGGAACGGCUGAGGCGUGUAGCAGAGGAUGACGCUGGCGGCGGGGGCUCGGCUGGGGCGCCGGCUGAGCGGGCCGGGGCCGUGGCGCGGACACUGGACGGCGGCCGGGCGCUCGCGGAGCCGGCGCGAGACGGCGGAGGCCGAGGCGGACGCGCCCGUGUUCCAGUACGUGGGCGAGCGCGCGACCCGCGCCGACCGCAUUUUCGUGUGGGGCUUCAGCUUCUCCGGGGCGCUGGGCGUGCCCACCUUCGUGCUGCCCGGCUCCGGGCCCCAGCCCCGCGCCGGCUCGCGGCCGCGCCGCAGGAUCCAGGCCGUGCCCUACCGCCUGGAGCUGGACCAAAAGAUUUCAUCUGCUGCCUGUGGCUAUGGAUUCACAUUGCUGUCCUCUAAAACCAAGGAUGUUACGAAAGUUUGGGGUAUGGGGCUCAACAAAGAUUCUCAGCUUGGAUUUCACAGGAGCCGGAAAGAUAAAACGAGGGGAUAUGAGUAUGUUUUGGAGCCCUCGCCCAUCCCACUGCCACUGGACAGACCUCAGGAGACGCAGGUGCUGCAAGUCUCCUGCGGCAGAGCCCACUCUCUCGUUCUGACAGACAGCGAAGGAGUCUUCAGCAUGGGGAACAAUUCUUACGGGCAGUGUGGAAGAAAAGUGGUCGAAAAUGAAGUUUACAGCGAAAGUCACAAAAUCCAUAGGAUGCAGGACUUCGAUGGACAGGUGGUCCAGGUCGCCUGCGGUCAGGACCAUAGUCUGUUCCUGACGGAUAAAGGAGAAGUGUAUUCUUGUGGAUGGGGCGCGGAUGGGCAAACAGGUCUGGGUCACUACAAUAUCACCAGCGCACCCACCAAGCUGGCUGGAGACCUUGCCGGAGUGAACGUUGUCCAGGUGGCCACCUACGGGGACUGCUGCCUGGCUGUGUCGGUCGAUGGCAGCCUCUUCGGGUGGGGGAACUCCGAGUACCUGCAGCUGGCCUCUGUCACGGACUCCACACAGGUGAACGUCCCCCGGUGCUUGCCCUUCUCAGGUGUCGGGCGGGUGAAGCAGGCUGCGAGUGGGGGGACAGGCUGUGCUGUAUUAAACGGAGAAGGACAUGUUUUCGUCUGGGGCUAUGGAAUUCUUGGGAAAGGACCAAACCUCAUGGAAACUGCCCUUCCAGAAAUGAUUCCACCCACUCUCUUUGGCUUGACGGAGUUCAACCCAGGAGUCCAGGUUUCCCGCAUUCGCUGUGGACUCAGCCACUUCGCCGCCCUCACCAACAGAGGAGAGCUGUUUGUGUGGGGCAAGAACAUCCGAGGGUGCCUGGGAAUCGGUCGCCUGGAAGACCAGUACUUCCCAUGGAGGUUCCUACCUUGGUCCUUGAACCCCUUGCUCUGGGGGAAGCCAGGCACCAUACGACGAGGACACUCAAGCAGCGGAGACCCACGUGGAGAGGAACAGGCUUCCUGCUGACAGCCAGGCCCAGCUUGCCAGCCAUGUGGAUUAAGCACCUUGGAAAUAGACCCUCUAGCCCCAGCCGAGCUUCAGAUGCCUGCAGCCUCAUGAGAGACUCUGAGCCCAAGCUGCUCCAACUGCCCCCAAAUUCCUAACCCACCAAAACCAGGACACACAAAUAAUCAUUUUAAGCCUUACGUUUUGGGGCAACUUGUUAUACAGCACUGGGUAACUAAUACAGUCCCUCUCGUUCUCAGGGCUAUUUCCUCUCUCGGAUUCUUGCUUUGGCUCCUCCCAGCUCCUGGCCUAUGUUCCCCCACCCACGGUAUGGAGAAGGGAGAGAGAUGAGACAUAGCCCUGGAUCAGCACAAAAUCAGACAGCCGUCAGCCAACAUCAUUUUUUUCUUCCAUUUUAAUGAACACUUUACAAAGUACAAAAUAUACUGUCUUUUUUUGGGGGAACAUUAGGUACUUUUUUUUUCUCUCCGCCAUACAGUACAUGAAUCUCAAGGGUUUUGUGUUUUUUCAAGAAAGAAGGAAAGUGUGAGGGCCUGGGGUACAGGGCUGCCCAGUUCUCCCCUCGCCCAGACCUUGGGACAGAUGCAAGUGCCGUUGCUACUGCUGGUGACCCGGGGCGUGCCAGGGGAGGGCCAGAGCCCCAGGGCGAAACCCUGGGCAGGGCAGAGGCCCCUCUGAGCCCUGCUGUGCAGCCAACAUCCACUCACCCCCAUCUCAGGAUAACGGAAAUGAUUUUGGCAAAGAGCAAGGAGGGCUUGGGGUUUUGUUUGCUGUUAGCUCCUCCCCACCCCCAGUUUUGGAGCCAACCCUGCCCAGCUCUUCCUGGACCAUUUUCUGAACAGGUAAACUGAAGCAGUGGACAGGAAAAUGCACUGGGCUUGGCCUCUGCCUUGGGACCUGAAUUUGGCCUGUUUUUCACCCACCCCACCGGCCCUCCACUCCGGUUUCCAACUAUGUUGGAUGCUCUUCAUGGACGAGCCCCAGUAGGCGAAGGGGCACCAGCCCCCAGAACCCCUCCCUGUAAAUACUGUCUUCAGGACUGGCUGCUUCUGAGGAGUCCGCCCAGCAGGUCUAGCCCUUGGCUGCAUGGACCUCCGGGCCUCUGCAGGGCGGAGCACAGCCCCUGCAGGGACACCUCUGCCCCGUCCGUCCCGCAGAGCAGUUUUAGCAAAGUCGAGGGGGGGUGGGGCUGCCUUGCGUUCGAGGUCUGCCGCCCGCACCCCUUCAACUCUACGUGUGGCCCUGGGGUAAGAACGUACGCAGGCCUCGAAAUACUGGACGAGCCAGUCCCUUCACUCAGAUCUGGGCUCUGCACGUGUGUGCUCGCGUCCACACUAGGGCGCAUGACACAGCGCACGCUCACACUCACGUGUGCGUAUACACACGUGUGGUCCUGCCCAGAACACUGCUCUGACGCCCAGCACUUGCCGCGUUCACAGCCUCCCACACCGAGAACCGAACCGAGAGCCACAGGCUCCCUCCCCACCAGGCCGCCCCGCGAAAGCACGGGCCAGGCCGCAGGCUUCUACCUGUACUCCAGGCCACUCCUGGUGCCCUCAGCCCCAGGGACAGCAGGCUGCCUCAGCCAACAGCUCCCAUCCUUCCCUCCCAAGAAAGGAGGCUUCCCAGGAGGGCGUGGGUUUCAAAGCUGAAGGCCAUAGCCCACCCCGCAGCUUCCUCUCUCCCUCCGUCUACGGAAAAGGGUCCUUUUGCUGCCUCUAAUUUGAAAAUGAAAGAAUGGAAAAGAGCUGGCAUGUGAGGAAAGGUAUCUAGCUACGCCGGGGCUCCACACCGGGCCUCCACUCCCCUCACAAGUCCCGUCCACCCUUCCCAAGCCCACCCUCUGCUGGGCUGACCGCCGUCUGCCAUCUUGGUUGACCAACAUGCGCCAUCUUGGUGGCUCCCUUCCCAGGCGGCCUCCUUGAAUAGAGGGCUACUGCCCCCUCCAGGCCUAGCCCCUGCCUCAGCACAGUACCCAGGAAACCUGAAGAGCCCAAGCCCCUGUCUCUCCACCGCUGAGAGACCCCAUCGUCCUCCCCCAAGCUCUGCCUGCCAAGCCAACCACCGACUCCGCUUCUCGGUGGCCAUAACGGCAGCGCCCGGCUGGCUGCUCCCCAGCCAUGGCUUACGCUGGCCACAGACACAUACACUGGGGGUGCUUCCUUCCUACCCGCUCCCCUGCCACAAUUUUCCCUCAGGAAGGAGCAUCAAAAAUUCCUGGCACAGGGCUGUAGCGCUACCACCUGGAAGGUCCCCAAGGUCCCCUCUCUUAGCUGGGGCUGGGAAGGGCCCUGCUUGUGCCCACAUCCAGGUCCAGAGGCUCAGAAAGGUGGCCCAGGGUGGCUGGGAAGUGUGGCCAGAAGGGGCGGGUGGUGGGUGGGCAGGUUCAUCUUUGAUUAUCAGGCAAAUGGUACCGCUGGCUUGGGGUGGGGGCCUGGCCCUUCCUAUCCCCCCACAGCCUUCUCUCCUGAGCUCCGUGGCAUCCUCUGUCACCACAGAGGGGACAAGCCCCAACCGGCCAUGCAUCUUCUGGACACCACACUGGCCACCGAGGCCAUGCUGCCCGCAUGGGGAGGCCACAGCGGCCAGCUCCGGGUCACCCGGUCCCUCCCUUCCCACCAGGGGCCUGUGGCCCGGAGUUGAUGGGAGGGGGAGAAUGCUGGUGCUUGGGGGGUUCUGGACCCCCGGAAUCCUGGGGAAGGGAGGUCUUAUGUGCCUCUCCUGCUUGGAUGGGUGCCCUGGGCUGAGGUCAGUGGUGUGGGCACCGCCUCCUGGGGGGCUCUGGAAACCCCUGUGGAGGAAAGAGGUGCAAAGCGGGCACUGCCCAACUCUUUGCUGGGUCAGGACUAGGGCCGAGGGAGAAUGGGGUUUCUUAGGAACCAGGGGCGCCCAUGUUGAGAGCUGAGCCAAAGGGGCCGAUUUGUAUAAUCGGGGGCAGGGGUGAAGUGGGUGAUCGCGGCUCCCGGUCUCCCUGAACCUCGCGCCGCUCUGCAGUGCGCAGGGACGGGGCGGGUGAGGGGCGAGCGCAGCGUUUAGAUGGCCUGAGCUCUUCUUACCAGGAACCAGCACAGACUCAAACGACACACACGGAGCCCAGGUGGCAGCUCCCGGGCCACCCGCUCAGCCCCAAGCCAGAGCCUAGAGUGCCUCAGCCUGACAGGGCACCCUCUUCAGGCCGCCUCUCCGGGGGUCCGGGGACCCCUGCGCACAGCAAAGCCAGAGAUGGCUGGGGGCAGCCAGCCACCGGGGAGACCACUCAUCCUUCCCCCAGAUUGCUGGAGACCCAACCGCUGACUCACGGGCACACACAGGCACCGACGAUACGCCGGCCUCUGCACCCAGCGGGACGGUGUGGUGGGGGGGGGGCGUGAAAUAGAGGGGGCAGGUUUCCAGGGUAUUGGCUCCCGCCCUGUCAGCUGGAUACACACCUGUGGAGCCCAGAGGGCCGAGUCCUUGCACCAGCCCCUCCCGGAAACAACGCCAAGGGCAUCCAUCCGUCCCUUUCUCAGUCGGAUGGGGCCAGGCCCCAGGAGGCGACCUGGGGAGAGAACCUGAGGCUUCUGAAGCGAAAGAAAUCAGCUGAUGGGGCUGUGGGAGCAGAGCUGGACGCAAAGCCGGAGGGCGCCCGCCCAGCUGGUCCAGGUCUUCCGGCUGAGAGCACCGGCAAGGGGGCUCUUCUGUUCCAACCGUUCCUCCCUCUGUGCCACCGUCCCCCAAAUAAAACAGGGGUGUCCAGGGGCCUUGGUCGCGCCAACGGGAUUACAGGAAGGGGCCUCCGAAUCCAGCUUUCAAGGGAGACUCGGGGAGGAGGGGGUAGGGACCCUCAGCACCCGCCCCGGAGCUCAGUUCCUGGGCCGCUGGUGUAGUUUUUCUCUCAAGUCCGGGCCGAGGCAGCCAGCCGGCUUCUCUAGUAAUCGUAUUGCCUAUAUACUUGAAUUAAAAAUAUAUGGUGGCUCAAAACGUGCCUGUGUGCACGGCAGACACCGCGGGGCGGAAGCCCUCACGCCCCCCCCCCCCACGCACACACGCGUGUGCACACUCACACAGUAUAUAUUAACAUAUAUAUUGCUCAAGUAUAUAUGCUAUUUACAGUAUAGAUCUAUAUCAACAUAAAACACAGGUAUUUAUAUGUGUGUACAAUAUACGUCCUAGGGGGUCUAGGGAGCACACGUUUCUGGGGGUCAAGGGGCCGACACACUUGCUCGGCAGGGAGGAGAGGCGGGGGAGUGACACGGUGAGCGGGGGGACAGACAGGAAGGGGUCUGGAGCUCGUGCCACGGAAAAAUCAAGGCCUUCCAAGGACAGUAAGGGGACUCUCGGGGCGUGAAGUGCUGCCCUGCCCACGUGGACACCCCCGUUUUGGAACCAGCAAACGAUUGACAUGUUUUGGUGUUUUGUGCAAAAUGAAUUAACUUAAAAAAAAACACGUGGGUUCCGAAUCAGUACUUGGGCCCCGAACAUCUGCAAGGAUCCAGACAGACAGCUUCCCCACCUGGUGGGUUUCCAUGGCUCAGAGGGUCCCACGCGGCACAGAGAAUGGGGGUGGGUGGGGCUUCACCAGCCCGAGAGAAUGUCCCUUCUCCUCCGAGCUUCUCAGGGACAGCACGUGUCAGCUGCUGCCCGGGCACCGAGGAGGACCCUGCAGGUCCUGCUUGCUUGGAAAACACCCCCAGCUGGAGAGGAGGCACGGGGGGGACCCCAUUCUCCGAGGGGGCUGGCUUGCCACCUGGCCGUCCACCGCCCUGCGGCCCUCGAGUCCCCUCUGAUGCUCAGAACCGCUCUGCCGUGGCAGCUCCGUGGGGGGACGCCCCGGGGACCCCUGUAUCGUAACAGACCUCUCUGCUCCCAGCUUUCUGCUCCAAAGGGGGGGCCGAGACCCCUGGAAGCAGCUCCCGAUUCUCAAGCUUGUCCCUGGAGCCACAGGAUGCCAACCAAGCGAUGUCACACUCUGAGCCCCGACAGACUCAGCGGGCCAUCCCCUGAAACUACUGCCAACUGCGGCCUGGGUGCAAAUACAUUAAAUAAGAAACUAAAACAAG